CUCUGUAAACAUUACAGUUUACAGUGUAAAACAUUGUUUAUUGAUAAACUUUGGGUGAACUCCUUGAGUCGGACUUAGUAUCUUUUCUAGGGCACCAUCUGUUUUUUUUUUCAUGUUAUGCGAGUCUCAUCCAGAAUGUCAGAAUCGUCCAAACGUACUGCACAAGCCAUAUAAUAAGCUGUGACUUCGUAGGCAUUGCCGUACUUGACCGUAUAAUUCCCGCUCGUUGCUUCGGCGCCAAUCACCCAGAUUCCCUCAGCUAAUCCGAUGGUUAACGCAUAAACCAUGUCUGAUCGAGGAGGCCAUUAACUAAUCAUUCUUUCUUGUUCGAAGGCCGCCUUACUAAUAUCGGCGAAGCGGAGUCCAGCAGGAUUUGAUUAUACCCUAUUAUUAUAGGUUGCUGGGCUGGGCUGCUGCCUGCUGGCCACCAGUUCGUGCACGCGGCCGCGUGCAUUUGGUGCAUGGCUCCGGCACACGAGGACGGGCGACGGCGUGGCCGGUGGAGCGGCCUCAGCUGGGGCACCCUGUUCUGCUUCGGGAGCCAGAAGGCGUUGGCGGCGGGGACGACGGCACCGUGGGAGAGGUCGCGGUGGAGGAAGAGGCGCACCGUCCCGGUGGACGGCGACCUGGUGGUGGGGACAGCGGCUGAUUCGGAGGUGAUAAUUCGCGGCAGCGGCAGCGGCACCGGCACCGACGAGGAGGAGUCUCGGCAGCGGAAGGGGCUUCUUCGCCUUCCGGGAUGCUGCUUCUUGGACCCGGCGCGCGUGCCUGGCCGCAAGCGUAGCACCAUGGACAGCAGAGGCGGCGGCCGCAACAAACAACGGAACCUAGAUCGCACGGAGUCGCCGCCGCCGCGGCGGCGGUCACAGAGCGGUAACAACUCACCGUCCGAAGCGUCGCAGUCGCAGAUCCAAGCCGCCGGUGGCAGCAACAGCACCGGCAGCCGCUCCCGCGGAGCCGAGCGACCCCGGAGUGUUCCGGUCCAGACGACGCAAACGCCCACCGAGCCGAGCAAAACGGGGUCCGGCGGCGUGGGCGCGUUCGAAUUCGGCCCUGUGGUGGGGCUGUCCGUGGUGGUCGCGGUGUCCAUGGCGGGACUGCUGGGCGGGUGGCUCUGGGCCGUGGCCUGCGUGUGCGCCUGGCUGGCCGCCCUGUCUAGGCUUCGGCGGAGGAGGGAGGCGGCGGCGGUCGACGAGGACUCGGCAGAUCACGAGAAACCCGCCGUGCUCCGGGGAAUGCUCGAGCGGGGUCGGAGGAAGGCCGCGGCGACAUAAACUGUGCGCUGUGUACUAUCUUGAAUUUUUUUUUCACGAAAUUGUUGUCACGCCCGCCAGCCACGCGAAGCGAAGAAAGACAUGUUCUCUGUACAUAAACAUGGAAGCAAAAGUGCAUGACUGACGGCGAAAUCUGUAUCAACGGUGGUGGUAACGCACCACACAAAAUAUGUUGGUUAUUUCUCGCAACAUGUAAAUAUAACUAGUCAUAUGCAUUGCUAUUGUUUAUAUAUAACAUAGAAUAAAUUUUGUUUUAAUAAAA